CGCGUCUUCGGUUCUUCCCCAUUUCUCCUCGCUCAGUGACAGCCACUGCAAGCUUCUGGAAAUGGAGCUUUGUACAGUUCAGGCCUCCUUCAAACUUCCCAAUAAUAAUGCCUUCUGCGUCGGGAUUCCUCCUGAUUCCCCUUCCCUCGCUAAACCCUUCCUUUUUCUCAGAAAAACCCCAGUGAUUAGCACCUCUGGCAACAUGCUAUCUCGUUCAACUUCCUUGAUUUAUGUGUCACCAAGGGCAAAAGUAUCCGAUGAAACAUCUGGUGGGCCAAGUCAAUUUGUUGAUGAGAAACCAGACCGUGCAAUAAUUGUGGAGGAUGUUAAAACAACCGAAAAUAAUGCAUUCAGUGGAAACGUGGCAUCCGAAGAAACAAAAGAAGAAUCACCCGUGGAUGAGCUAGUGCAGCCGUUUGAUUUUGCUGAAAAACUUGAAAAUAUAAAGUUUGACAUAGAUGACACGGGUUCUAUUCUCUUGUAUGGAGGAGGUGCUGUAAUUGCGUUGUGGCUAACAUCAGCUGUUGUUGGUGCUAUUGAUUCUAUCCCACUGAUUCCCAAAUUGCUGGAAGUAGUGGGCCUUGCAUAUACUCUAUGGUUCACUUACCGCUAUCUUCUCUUCAAGAAAAAUAGGGAUGAACUGGCCAUGAAAAUAGAAGAGCUCAAGGCACAAGUACUGGGUUCAGAAGAUGGCUAGUCCUUCUGGUAGGAUGAGCUAUGCUACUGUAGUUGCAUUACCAUAUAUCUGUAUAGGGAUAAUUGCUCUAAAUUGUGGAAGCUAAUAUGUUGAUGGUUCUUCCCUGAAAAGAAUUUUUUCUUCCCCGUAGCACACAAGUUUGUAUGUGGUAUGCUAGAUUGGGAAAUAUAAUCUGAAUUGGCCGUUAAUCUUCCUCUUCCCGGUGGGGUGUUCCCGGCACAUUGUGGUCAAGAUCAUUUCGUCGUUCCUCAGUGUAAUCUAUGGCACCUUGCUUUUGUUCCUUUUGCCGUACAAGCAAAACGGCCCAAUGUUGCAUUGCCAAUCAGUUAAUAGCUUUGACUGGGAAAAUGAAAGAAUUAUAGCUGAGUUGGAUGUUUUUGGACUUUGGGUUGGACUAGAAUGGGUCUUUUAGAUUUUUCUUGUGCUAGUGCGUGGAGACUGAAUUCAUUCCACGUGGUCUACUUGAUUUUAUUAGCCUUUUGAUUCCACCAAUUUAAUUAAGUUGAUCCAAUCGAAUUCAAAAGUAAUCGCUUGGUGUCUUGAUUAGAAAAGUCAAAAGUGGGUCAAUAUUUAUGUGAUCAAACCUAUGAUUACAAAACAGAUGCAUUAUUUAGUGAACCUAUGUAUUCUCUGGAACUUGGAAGUAGUCUUUAUGCUUUUGAUCA